CAGGCGGCGUCAUUUCUCCUUCAGUUUGCAGCCCGCGUUGGAUGGAGGUGACUCGAGAUUAGAGAUGUCGCAGAAGCGCCCUCCAGAAGACUCGAAGGCUCCUUUGGCACAGCGGAUCGACCCCAAAAAGGAGCCGCUGAACCAGGAGCAGGCUUCGUACAUCCGGAGAGCGGAGUUCGCCCAGUGGCAGAACAAAUUUAAGAAAAUGCGAGCACGCAACAUCGUGACUGGCCUGAGCAUCGGUGCCGUGGUGAUCGGUAUCUAUGGGUACACCUUCUACUCGAUUUCCCAAGAGAAGUUCCUGGAUGACCUGGAAAGCGAGGCCAAACUGGCGAGAACGAGGACCUCCGCUAACUAGCAGCUGCAUUUCAGGCGGACUUUUCCUUUUUUUUUUAUUUCUUUUCUUAAGUCUCUUUCUUGAAUUAAGCCUAAAAGUCGAGACGCGUGGAACUCCUCCUGCAGGCCGACUCUUCUGGGUUGAUGGGUUGUUUGGGCCCUUAAAACGAAGCUCGGGGACUUUCUUUAUAUGUGUGUCUGAUUCUGUUAGUCAUGGCGGUUGUGUUUCCAUGCAGGACUGGAGUUUGCGUGGCACAUGAAUCAGAUAUUCACAUCAGGCUGUUCUCUAGUGUACGUGUGCUGUGCACCUUCAUCAUAAAACAUGAGCUUUGCAAGCCUUCCACGUGGAAGUCCCAUUUCUAUACGAGAUAAUUAUGAGACUGUGUGGAAAAAUCUGUUGACAGGGAGACCAAAUGGAGAAAGAAAAUGGAGAGAGGCAGCACCUUGAAUCUGAGUGCCUGACCGCCUCUCAGAGUUUCUCUCUACGUGAAUAGGAAAAGGGCAGAGCGGGACCCUUCAUCGUGGGGGAGAUUUUUCCUAAUGACAAUUAAUAAAGCAAGUGUGAAAGUCA